AUGAAAUUACAAAAUACUUUACUUGCAACUGCUGCUGCAUUUAUUGCCACUACUGAGGCAGCUCCUCUUUGGUUUACUUAUUGGGUUACUGCUCAAACAACUAGUACAAAAAUAGCUACUGUAUACUCAGGUUAUACAACAAGUUUUUCAUUCUCAACUGUAUAUGGUCCUCCACCUCAAGUAGCUGCUACAAGAACAACUUCUAGUACAACAUCUAGAGCAACUACAACUUCAGCUAGAUCAUCUUCAUCAACAACUGCUUCAAGUACAUCUGUACGUUCAACUUCUACAUCAGCUUCAACUACUCCAUUAACAACUUCAAUCACAACCACAUCAAGCUCCUCAAGUUCUUCAAGCUCCUCAAGCUCAGCCAUUACCACAACCUCAUCUACUUCAACUUCAUCUUCAUCAACUACUUCAAGCUCAAGAUCAACUUCAACCUCAGCUUCAUCAAGUUCAUCAAGCUCUUCAACUUCUUCCUCAGCAACAACAACUUCAUCUUCAUCUUCAACUGCUGCUCCAAGUUCUACUACUUCAUCCACAUCAUCCACAUCAGCUACUUCCUCAACGACAAUAAAUAACGCACCUACUUCAGAUAUUGCGUUCGCUAAUGAAAUUUUAGGUGAACAUAAUAGAUUAAGAGCUUUACAUGGUGCACAACCUUUACAUUGGAACAAUACUUUAGCCGAGUAUGCUGCUAACUAUGCAGCUACACAUUUCGACUGUAAUAACGUUCAAUUGAUUCAUUCUGGAGGUCCUUAUGGAGAAAACUUAGCUGCUGGUUAUGUUGGUGGAAUUGACCCAACUGAUGCUUGGUAUGAUGAAAUAAAAGACUACAACUUCAAUAAUCCUGGUUACUCCACUGCUACAGGCCACUUCACACAGGUUGUAUGGGCCUCAACUACACAGCUAGGAUGUGCAAGAAUUUUGUGUUCUAAUGCAUGGCGGCAAUAUUCUAUUUGUGAAUAUUCUCAGCAACGUGGGAAUAUAGUGGGAACCAAUCCAGCUACAGGUAAUAGCUUCUUUGCUGAUAAUGUUUUGCCACCACUUGCUUAG